AUGACUCGAAAAACAAUAAUGCGUUACAUGAUACUAAGUUACGUACUUGUUUUUCGGGAUAUCAGUGAAAGAAUUCGUCGACGAUUUCCUACGUAUAAUCAUCUGGUGAGUUUCUUCUCUUUUCUAGAGGGGACAUCCAUGCUGCCCGCAGGUUUUCAUUUAGUAUGA